AUGGGUAGUAGCUCAAGGAAAUGCCUCACCUACAAUGAAUACACUGUGGCAAUCAUUUGUCCACUCGAAGUGGAAGUGAGUGCGGCUAGAUACAUCCUUGAUGAUGAGCAUACUCGUUUACAGAACAAGGAUGGAGAUCCAAAUAAAUAUAUCUUGGGAGAGAUGUGUGGCCACAACGUGGCAAUUGGAUUUUUGCCUCACGGCUCGCAGGGCAAAGCCACGGCAGCCAUAGUCGCUGCGCAUAUGAACAGAACGUUUCCUGCUAUCCGGUUGCGCUUGCUCGUAGGUAUUGGAGGAGGUAUUCCAAGCGCGAAAAAAGAUAUUCGUCUCGGCGAUGUCGUCGUGGGGGUGCCAGAGGGUGUUCACGGCGGAGUCGUGGAGUAUGACCUGGGUAAAGAGACGUCCCAUGGUUUUGAACGCAAGGGAUACUUGUGCAUGCCGCCAGAUGAGUGGAGAAGCAUCAUCGUUGAGAUGCAGUCAGAUCACAGAGUCCAUCCAAACCAAACGUCGAAGUUUUUGCUGGAAAUGCUGGACAAACAUCCAACCCUGGUAGAGUACUGUCGUCCAGCUCCGGAGAAAGAUGUUCUGUUCUCGGCAUCCAAUGUACAUGUUGAAUACGAGCCAACAUGUGACAAAUGUGAUAAGAGCAAUGUCAUCGCUCCACGAAAAAUUAUUGGGCCAAAGAUAUUCUACGGAACUAUUGCAUCUGGGGACAGGGUGAUUAAAAAUGCAACAGUCAGAGAUGCAAUCAGUCGAGGCAUUGAUGGGGCCAUCUGCUUUGAGAUGGAGGCUGCUGGCUUGACGACUCACUUUCCCUGUAUUGUGAUUCGAGGCAUUUGUGACUACGCAGAUUCUCAUAAGAAUGACGAUUGGCACGCAUACGCAGCCGGGGUAGCAGCUGCUUGCGCUAAGGAACUUCUCACUUACGUUAACCCAGUUACCGAAGCGCAGCCGUUUUUCGAUCACGCGCUCAGUACCAGUUCUGUGUUGAGUCAUCCCACACAUGUCCUGCCUGUCAACGAUGCUCCAGAAUAUCUGCUCUCGAGCCACUUCACGGGUCGCGAUGAGGAACUGAAGCUGAUCAGCGAUGGGUUUGAAUCAAGUCAACCCGACAUUCCUACUCGCUGCGCCAUAUAUGGGAUGUCUGGUCUUGGUAAGACGCAGUUGAUACUCAAGUAUGCCAAGCAGUGUUUUGACCAGGGUCGGUAUUCCUUUGUCUUCUUUGUAUCUGCCUCCUCGAUCGAAAAACUAAAUCAAGGGUUCACGAACAUACUAAAUCUGGUUGAUCACCCGGACCGAUAUCACCCUGAUCAAAGUGUAUGUUUGACAAUGACACGGCGAUGGCUGGAGACCUGUUUUGAUGGCCACGCAACAUGGCUUCUCCUCGUCGACAAUGUAGAAAAAGAGACAUUAAAAUUCCUCCGAGAACUCUUACCCAGGCGAAAUCCGAAAGGCCGCAUUUUAUUCACCACACGAGGCGAAGAUAUUGCCACGGCUCUCGUGAGGACAGGGAAUCCAUACGAUUCUUUGCUACGCCUUCAAGUUCCAAGCCUUGGAGACGCCGCAAUCUUAUUCUUGAGAGAAGCUGGGAAAAUGCUGGACCUAAAAGAGACUUUGACUUCUCGACAGGCAGAAUCCUUAGCCCAUAGUGUUGGAUGCCUGCCCCUUGCGGUCAGUAAUGCUGCAGCAUUCAUGAAUAAGUCACAUACGAGCUUAAGCGAUAUACUUGAACUGUACCGCAGUUCUCAGAAAAUGCAGCUCCUUAGUUGGCAGAACAAUCUAUCAUUGCACGAGGAAGCAUCGGUAGCAGGAGGCUUCAAAGGCCAAUUCACUCAGCUAGGAAAGAAAUUCCCGGAAUCCAGUAACCUACUAAAGCUGCUAUCAUUCUUUGAUACAGAAAGAAUUCAAAUUGAUGUUAUCAAGGAUGGCUUGAGGGAGUUGAUAGCAACUAGGAGCUCUUCGGAUGACCUUGUCACGACUAACAUUAGGGCUGAGACGUUGGGUAUAGCAAACUUAAAGAUCGCGAAUAUUAAAGCUCUACGAAAAAAUCAGAUAAAUGACCGCGACGCACGCAGAGACGAGACCAGGAACACCGGUCCACAAAUCGUGGAUUCACUUUCAACUCUAAUUCUCUCUCCGGUGCUGCUCCAAGAUGCUUUGCAGCAGAUAGAGGACCUUUCACUCGUCACUUGUUUGCAUGGCUCCCAUGGUCUGGAGCUUCAUAUGCACGAUCUUAUCAAAUAUAUGGUACAGGAAAUGAAUAUGGGUCUUGACUGCAAAGCAACUCUUCUGGGGUUCGCAUCAUCAAUUGUCUGCAACGCAUUCCGGCUGGUGGAGGAUCGAACGUCCCCCAAAUUCUGGUCGCAGUGUGAAGUUAUUGUUCCCCAUAUCGAGGCUUUACGGAAAUUACUUGGUUCCUCGCAAAAUCACGACCCGGCACUUACCUGGGCCGAUGUGGAGGUUGGAGCAUACUUUCAAAGCCGAGGUCGGUAUGCAGAGGCAGCGAGCCUCUACAGAGAAGCUCUAGGCCGCGAGAAAGCGAAGUCUCAGUCAACUCAGCCCGAAACCAACAGAGCUCUACGAGGACUAAUUGUCGUUCUUACUAAACAAGGGCUUUACAAUGAGGCCGAAAGUCUUUGCGAAGAAGCCGUUGGAAGCUUCGAGAUGACCGGAGCAGAGGCUAGCAUGGAAGUACUAACAAUAUUACAAGAGUUGGUGAAUGUCUACGACAAACAAGGAAGAUAUGCAGAAGCAUUGAACCUGGGCGAAAGAGUUCUCAGUGGCUUGAAGCGAAAGGUUGGUGAGAAUCAUCCUGACACAUUACAAAUAAUGCAUGCCAUGGGUCUCGCGUGUGGCCAUCAAGCGCAGCAUGAUAGGGCAGAGAGACUUUUCAAGCAUAUAUUACAUGUACAGGAAGUCGAGAAGACAUGGGGAGCCGAUCAUCCGGAUACCUUACGAACCGUGAACGCCCUGGCCAAUCUUUAUGAUCGCAGACAACAAUACAAAAGUGCUGUCGAGCUGUACAGCCGGGCUAUCAAAGGGCGCGAGACUCUCUUUGGCAUCAACCAUCCUCAGACGCUGCGGUCGGUAUGUGGGCUGGCGAAUCUGUACAUGCGACAAGGGCUGUUUGAAGAGUCCAAGAGCUUGUAUAGUCUUGCUUUGGAGGCCAGCGAAAAAUACUUCCAGAUCGAGAACCCUGAUAUCUUGCGGGCUGUGCACGGGCUUGCAUCUGUCCUCUCGUGCCAACGUGAAUACUCGGACGCAGAAAAACAAUACGAGCGUGCCAUACAUGGCCGGACAGGUGUGCUUGGGAAAGGGCACGCAGACACGUUGAGGUCUAUGGAAGGUUUGGCGAUUGUUUACAUUGAACUGGGCGAAUAUGCAAAGGCGGAGGAGCUUUACAAAGAGGUGUUGGCAGGACGCAGAGAGAGCCUUGGAGCCGCACAUCCAGAAACGCUGCAGACAGUUCGAAAUCUGGCGUUUCUGGCGAGGAGGCAGCGUGAACGCAGUGCCACGAUUGGCGUUUAG